GGGCCCUCCCCGCCGUCCCCGCCGUCCCCGCCGCCUGCUGGUGGAGUCGGGCCGGCGAGAGGCCCCUCCCCGGCGGAGCGGCUCGGCGCGGAGGAAGCACAGGCGGCGACAGCGCCGAGGCCUCGUCGCGCUCAUGGCGUCGUCCGGAUACUCAGAUUUGGGAGAAGUAACUUCAGAAAUAAAAGCUUCUGAGAGACGAACAGCUGUGGCCAUUGCAGAUUUGGAAUGGAGAGAAAUGGAAGGAGAUGACUGCGAAUUUCAUUAUGGAGAGGGUCCAAAUGAAGCUCAGGAUAGUGACUUUCCAAUAGAGGAGAGGAGCAGACUACAAGAAAUGCUGUUUCUUUUGGGACUAGAGACAUACCAAACACAGAAACUCAGCCUCCAGGACGCCUUACAGAUCAGCAGUGACAGCAUGAAGAACUGGGCUCCUCAGACUCCCAAGGACUUGCCCUGGAAUUUUCUCAGGAAGCUGCAGGCCCUCAAUGCUGAAGCCAGGAAUACCACCAUGGUCCUGGACCUUCCCCUGGACACCAGGCCUGUGGAGAAGGAGAGCCAAAUGGAAGAGGAGAUCAUCUACUGGGACACGGCCGAGGACAUCUCAGCAGACAUCUAUUCCUUCUCCGAGCUGCCAACACCUGACACACCUGUGAAUCCCUUGGACCUUCUCUGUGCCCUUCUGCUUUCCUCUGAUAGUUUCCUGCAACAAGAAAUUGUGUCAAAAAUGUCUCUCUGCCAGUUUGCACUCCCUCUUAUUUUGCCUGACCCAGAAAACCACUACCACACAUUUCUGCUGUGGGCCAUGAGGGGGACUGUGCGGACAUGGGGGUCACAGCCCCCAAGGGUGGUGGGCAGCUUCAGAGAAGACAGCAUGGUCCUUGCCCGAGCACCUGCCUUCGCCUUUGUGCGCAUGGAGGUCAGCAGCAACUCCAAAUCCCAGCUUCUCAACGACGUGCUCAGCCCCAGUCACAGGCAGCAGGACUGUUUCUGGCAUCGGGAUCUGAACUUGGGCACCAACCCUCGGGAGAUAGCAGAUGGGCUGGUAGAAAUUUCCUGGUUUCUGCCCAGUGGCAGGGAGGACUUGGACAUUUUCCCAGAGCCCAUGGCCUUCCUAAACUUGAGAGGUGACAUUGGGUCUCACUGGCUGCAGUUCAAGCUCUUGACAGAAAUCUCCUCGGCCAUAUUCAUCUUGACUGACAACAUCAGUAAGAAGGAAUACAAAUUGCUGUCUUCCAUGAAGGGGUCGGCCACAAAAUACUACUUCAUCCUCAGUCCCUACCGUGGGAAGCGAAACACAAACCUGAGAUUUCUGAACAGGUUAAUUCCCGUGCUGAAGAUGGAUCACUCACACGUCCUCGUGAAGGUCAGCAGCACAGACAGUGUGGGCUUCGUGCGUAGGGUCCGCGCCAUUGUUGCACAUGUGACCCGGUCCCCCUGCAGGAGGGUGUCCGUGGAGGACAUGGCGAACGCAGCCCGCAAGCUGGGGCUGAAGGUCGAUGAGGACUGUGAGGAGUGUCAGCGGGCCAAGGACCGGAUGGAGCGGAUCACCAGGAAAAUCAAGGACUUGGACGCCUACCGCAGGGACGAGCUGCGGCUACAGGGGGAACUUUGGAGAAAGGCGGCCCAGGUGGAGAAGGAGCUCUGCCAGAUCCAGUGGGCCAGUGACCCUCCUGAGAAGUACAGGGCUGAGCUGAGGCAUCGGUUACUGGAACUUCGAAUGCAGCAGAAUGACCAUGACCCUUCCUGGGGGGUCCAGGAGUUCAUCUCGGGCAUCAGCAGCCCCUCCCUGGGGGAGAAGCAGUACUUCCUGAAAUGGAUGGAGUGGGGACUGGCCCGGGUGGCCCAGCCAAGGCCAAGACCAUCUCCAGAGAUGAUUUUUACCCUGAGACCAAAGCACUGUGGGGCCGUGGACUUCAGUGAGCCGUUCUGGCCUGAGCCCCUGGGGGUGGAGCAUUUCCUGCGGGAGAUGGGACAGUUUUACGAGGCCGAAAGCUGCCUUGUGGAGGCAGGGAAGCUGCCAGCAGGGCAGAGGCGGUUUGCCCACUUCCCAGGCUUGGCCUUGGAGCUGCUGCUGAAGGGGCUUCCCCUGGAGCUGAUCGAUGGGAACACCCUGAGCCCCCCCUUGCGCUGGGUCACAGGGCUCCUGAAGGAGCUACACGUCCGCCUGGAGAGGAGGUCGCGCCUGGUCGUCCUGUCAGCACUUGGCAUGCCAGGCACGGGCAAGUCCACCCUUCUCAAUACCAUGUUCGGGCUGCGGUUUGUCACAGGAAGGGGCCGUGGUCCUCGAGGGGCCUUCAUGCAGCUCAUUAAGGUGGCCGAGAGCUUUAGCCAGGACCUGGGCUGUGAUCACAUCCUGGUAAUAGACUCUGGGGGCUUGAUAGCUGGAGUCCGGACCGAGGCAGGGGAGAGGUUUGAGCGGGAGGCUUCCCUGGCCACUUUGAUUAUGGGGCUGAGCAAUGUCACUGUGGUCAGUUUAGCCGAAACAAGGAACAUUCCACCAGCUAUUCUGCAUGCAUUUCUGAGGCUGGAAAAAACAGGGCACAUGCCCAACUAUCAGUUUGUAUACCAGAACCUUCAUGAUGUGUCUGCCCUUGGCUCCAAGCCAAGAGAGCGGAGGCAGCUCCUGGACCAGCCCAGUGAUGUGGGCAGAGCCACAGUGCAAAUGGAGAAACAGGGUGACGGGAUCCAGACGCUGGCUGACCUGGCCUUUUGGGACCCUGAGAAGCAGCACAUUUGGCACAUCCCUGGCCUAUGGCAUGGAGUGCCUCCCAUGGCCGCUGUGAACUUGGCGUACAGUGAAGCCAUUUUUGAACUGAAGCGAUGCCUGCUAGAAAACAUCAGGAAUGGCCUGUCCAACCAAAAUAAAAACAUUCAGCAGCUCAUUGAGCUGGUAAGACGGCUGUGAGUCAUCAAAAGGAAAGUUCAGCUGCCGGAGGCCUGCUCUGGGCAACCUGUCCUGAUGGGCAUGUCCACGUGGGGCUGUGCCCAGCUUCUGAGAGGGGAGAACAGUGGAAACGGGGCUGGGGUCUGGAGUUGCCUACACAGUGUUAGGGAAGGAAGUUACCUCACAGACCAGCUCAGAGAUGCUUUCAGGAGUAUGACAGCCUGGGGCAGGAGCUAUCGACACAAGCAGUAAAGUCUUUGUCUCUGAACUCGGCAGCCCCUGCUGGUUUGCCUUUUGUACCGCUACCCUCUGUCAUUAGCCUCUGGAGCAGAGAGUGGCUCCUGACAACUGCAGCCCAGGCAGACAGUAAUCAGGGUAGGGCCGGGAAGGUGCCCUGAGGACGCAGGUAGGCCUUCCCACUAGGCCGGCAUGGGCGACCCGGUCCUGCCCACUGAGGGGGUGCCCGCUCUGUGCACGCAUGUAUGGACUGCCCCUGCCUCGGGAGGGCUCCUGCUGGUUCUGUUGCGUCCACAGCACUUUGUUCACACCUCCGCCACAACACUCAACACGUGCAGGGUCUCACCUGUGCAGACGUUUGCCUCUCGCCUAGACCUGUGAGCUCCUUGAGAGUACAUGACCCACAUGUGUACCCCCAGAGCCUGACACACUGCAGGCACUUAAUAAAUGUGUGUUGAAUGAAUGAAAUUAGUGAGUGCACAAGUGGUAAGUAAUGGGCAGGUUCCUCGCUGUGCCUUGAUUUCUCUUUUUCUUCAAAGAGGAUCACAGUGUCUGUCUGAGGGGGCCGCUUACUAGAACAUCUGGAAUGUGGACACCUGGGAGAGCGUCUUUAAAAACUCCAUCAUGUCCCAUUUCUUUGAGCAGAGAUCCAGCCUUCAGGCUGUUCAUAGAAAACUGAACCAGAUAUCUCCAUGGGAACUCUGUGAUGGUGAUGAUAGCUCCAUCCUUACCCAUUUUAGGAAAGGAGGCCUGGAGCAGUUCAGCAGCUCGUCCAGCCCACACACCUGCAUUGGCGGUGAGGAGCUGAUGAGGAAGGGGGUGUCCUCUGCCCUGUGCCUCUGCUUGUGACCGCUUGUUGUCCCCAAACUUCCACAGCUUCCGGGCUGAACCCCAGCCUGGCCCCUGGGCGUCCCCUUCAUCUCAGUUUCAUGCCUCCAGGGCCAGACCCUUGACAUCAUCCAUGGCCCACUUGACACCAUGAGCCAGAACAUGGAGUUUCUCCUCUGGUGAGUUUCCAGCUAGAAUUUAUCUGUGCUGGAACAGCUUGAAUCAAUUUUUAAAGGAACAGGUUGAUAUUCAACAGUUGUAAGAGAUUUCCAGUGCUUGAAUUUGGGACCCAGGAAUAUCCUGGGUGAAAUUCCUGUAGUGCUAGAGAGGCAACUGGGUAGUUUUCAUGGCUCUAAGGGAAAAAAGAAGGACAGGUUUUGGUAUUUCCAGGUGAACCAACAUCUUACUAUUUGUGUAUAUAAUGAUCCAGGAAGAAAUGAAUUUGUAGUGCCUGAGCAUUAGAAACUCUUUUGAGUUUCAGAAGUGAUACAUGAAAGUCGUGUCCGACUCUUCGUGACCCCACGUACUGUAGAGUUCAUGUAAUUCUCCAGGCCAGAAUACUGGAGUGGGUAGCCUAUCCCUUCUCCAGGGGAUCUUCCCAACCCAGGGAUCAAACCCUGGUCUCCCAUGUUGCAGGUCGAUUCUUUACUGUCUGAGCCACCAGAGAAGCCCUCAGAAGUGAUAAGGUUUUCCUAAAUUUGUUAGCAAAAGACUAGGUUCCCCAAGUUCCAGCACUUCCUCCAACCUCUGUUUCACAUAUCCAGAGCCAGGCUCCCGGAGCACAGGGACCACAUUCUGAACUUCAGGGGUGGCAGGAGGAGCAUCCUGGGGCUCUGGAACAGGGGCUGAGAAGCCUGCCAUUAAAGAAAGGGUUCCAGUCUGGAGGGCUUCCUUUCCAAGUCUGGUAGAAGGAGUUCAGAGAACAGAAAGAAGUUCCUGGUCACUACCUGGAGGCCUCAUUUUCCUGAAAUCGCAAAGUACAGAGAGGAGGUGGCCCUAGGGCCCAAGCAAGAGAUUUCCAGAACUAGUGACACAGCUGGGAUUGGGGUCUGCGGCUCAGAGAGGUGACCCUGGCCCUGGAGCUCAGAACACUAAGCAUCAGCCUACUGUAGCCAUUCAUGGGUUCACCACAGUCAGAAGGCCUCCCUACAUCAGACCUGAAGACAUCUUUAGGGUCUGAGAGGUCAUGGAACUUGCUGUGGGGCUACUGGGCAGUAAUGUCUUUGGAGCCCAGCUUGGUGAUGUGAGAGCCUCUCAGAGGAACGGGUGGGUGGACUGCUCACAGGGUAUCAGGUACUUCAGUGAAAGCAUAAACCAUGUCAGUGAUCUUGGAGUAAACGGGCCUAGGAGUCUUAAGACUGGGCACAAGAGCACCUGCCCCAUUCCCUGGAGACAGAAAGUAGGAUGUGGGACUCAAGGCCUGGUUUUGAACUUGGCCUUGCUUCCUGCUAAUUACAUGACCCUUGAACAGAGUCAUUCAACGUCUCUAAGCCUUAUCUGUCACUACUAGCACCUCCUCUGUGGUGAGUGCACAAAAGCUGGUUUUGGAGGAGCCAGUCUGUGUGCACACACAAGUAAGGCACCUGAAGAUGUGUCUACCCAGUCUGCGUACCCGAGACUCAUGCAAAGGAAGCUGCCUGCCUUCUCCAUCAACCUCAUGGUUGGCCUAAACAGGCCAAAAAGGAUUUAUCUUGUAAUUGAUCAGUGAUAUCUUAAUUUGCAGCCUUUUCUCCUUCUAAAUGGUAAUGUCUUCUAAACGAUGUGGUCUUAGAUUUACUGAAACAUAUUGUCUAGCAGGGCUACUGUUGAGAAAUCUGUACCAGUGUAAACCUAAUCUGGUAGCUCUCCUCAGCUCCUCAGAUGUGAAUUAGCCCAAUAAAGAGAAAUCCUUUCUUUCUGA